GGGUCAGUGACGCACAAGCGAGCUUUUCUGAAAAUGCACGUUUUAAGUAUGCGAGAGAAAGAAGAUUAGGGGCAAGAACUAAUUUCCACGGACCUCAAACAUUUUGAAGUUGUUUAGUAAGGCUCUCUGGUGCCCCCUGUCUGAGCCUCAGACAGCAUGAAGAGACAACAGUUAUUCUUGGUGCUGCUGCUGCUUCUAUUACUUGUGUUUUGUCACGACUGUGUUUGUGUGGAUGGAAGCCCCACAGUGCUGUCCGAGGUGCAGCCCACCACCCCCGGCUCCACCUCCCUCCACUCCUCCCGGGGGCGGAUCCUGUCUGCGCAGUUUGAGUGCUACCUGAAGAUCCUCAACGACCCGCCUCGAUCCGAUGGAGAUGUGUAUUGCAAUCGCACAUGGGACGGCUGGCUCUGUUGGGGAGACUCCAGCCCCGGCACCGCUGAACAGCUCUGCCCCGAUUACUUCAACGAUUUCGACCCCUCCGAAAAGGUGACCAAAGUGUGUGACGCCGAAGGUCAGUGGUUCCGUCACCCAGAGAGCGAUCGCAUCUGGUCCAACUACACGCAGUGUACCGCCUACACCAUGGGGAAGCGCAAGCUGGCUCUCAGUGUGUACUACCUGGCCAUCGUGGGCCACGUCCUGUCUGUGGUGUCCCUGCUCAUCUCUCUCUUCAUCUUCUCCUACUUCAAGAGUCUGAGUUGCCAGAGAAUCUCCCUCCACAAGAACAUGUUCCUCUCCUUGAUGUUCAACUCAAUCUUCACUGUCAUCGUGCUCUCGGCCAUGGUCCACGAGCAGCAUCUGGUGGCCACAAACUGGAUCGGGUGCAAGUUGUUGUCCACCCUGACGGUCUAUGCCUUCAGCUCCAUCUACUUCUGGAUGCUGUGUGAAGGUAUCUACCUGCACACGCUCAUCGUGGUGGCCGUGUUCGUGGGGGAGCAGCAUCUGGGCUGGUACUACGCCCUGGGCUGGGGAUUCCCGCUGGUUCCCGCGGUAACGCAUGCUGUGGCUCGCUGGCUCUUCUUCGACGACAAAUGCUGGAUCAGUUCAGAUACCCACCUGCUCUACAUCAUCCACUGCCCCAUCUAUGCCGCCCUGCUGGCAAACGUAUUCUUCCUGCUCAACAUCAUGCGUGUCCUGUUCACCAAGCUGAGGGUGACGCACAGCGCCCAGUCCAACAUGUACAUGAAGGCUGUGCGGGGCACCCUCUUCCUCGUGCCACUGCUGGGGAUCCAGUUCAUCCUGGUGCCCUGGAGACCCCAGGGCCGCCUGCUUCGCGCCGUCUACGAGUUCAUCAUGAACAUCUUCAACCACUACCAGGGUCUGCAAGUUGCCAUCAUUUUCUGUUUCUGCAAUGGGGAGGUGCAGGCAGCGCUGAAGCGACACUGGGCGCUGUACAGGUUCCGCUGCAAGGGCCCUCUGGCAUCUAACGACUCCCACUCCAACUGCCACACUUCUGUCACGGAGAUGAGCCGGGCUGUGGUGAGCCUGGAGCCGCAGAAACCACACACGCAAGCCAACGGCCAGAGCAACGGCCAGUGCAGCUCCAAUGGACAGCGACAUUCACUCAAAGCCUUGGAGUCCACCGUCAUCUGAGCUCUCACACACACGCACACACGCACACGUACACACACACACCCACACACACACACAGCCACUCACAUACACACGUACACACACACACCCAAACACACGCAGACACACACACACACACACAGCCACUCACAUACACAUGCAGACACACACACGCUCACACUCAUACACACACAUGCGCAUGCACGUACACACAGCGACACACACACACACACACACACACUGGUCACUAUUGAGGUCACAGUUGCAAUGAGGGAUCAUAUAAUACUAGUUAUACACACAUCAGUAUGCAAACUUGCAAUUACACACAUGCCCUUCCAACACCCUUCCUACAUUAUAAACCUUUACACCAUGCCGUUCUCCCAGACAGAGUAUACUUGCAUUGAGCAUGCCUCUGUCACACACACACACACACACACACAGACAAACAUACACAUACACAUACACACACAAACGUAUGUAUAUAUGUUCAGUAUAUCUAUGUACUAUACAUACCAACGUACGUAUAUAUGUUCUGUUUAGUUGUUGCUCUUAUUGAACACUACUGAUAUGUCAGUAGAAUUUUGGAGAAAUUCUAAUAGACACACUCACACACACACACACGUGCACACACACACACAAACUUUGCUGUUGACAAAAUAGGCGAAGUGACUGAAUCAGACAAAGGUGACCUUUGACCUGAAGGAAUGCACAGUGAAGAACUAUGGUUGGCUCAUUGGGUUAAUGGUGGAUGAGCCUCAUGGCCACAGAUUGAUUCCGGACCGUAGCUGUGACAACUGUGGCUGGUAGCUCCAGAGGGUAAUGAACAAUUGCCAUUUGCCUUGCCCAGUGUAUGGGAGGGUUCACCGCCUGUUUCGGCGAGGAGUGCUACAGUGCUUGAAACAGGAUAAACUAUCUGAACUAUCUUCACAUUGGCUGUGCACAUUAAAGGGACUAUGCUGGCAGCUUAAAACCAAACGGCGUUUCAAACUGAAAGAGCGUUUGGCACAGUGACACCCCCUGCUGGCCAUAACCAUAGCCUCGCCAGCGAAUCAGCUACAACUUUGGCAGAGUUCUUGGCAUCAUCCUGGUGUGGUUUAUCAGGGCUGUGACGGGUUCUGCACAUUGCUUGUAUUCUGUAAAAAUGUAUAUAAAGCUUAAUGUUAUUGGGCAACAUACCAAAAUAACAGUCCUGCAUCCCUGCUGGUUUUCCCUUCCCACUCUCACAACAGCUUAUAUUUAGUUGUGAAUAUGUGAAAUAUAUAUUUGACUUUUAUUGUCUGUGACAAAAUCAGUUCUGUGCACCUGUCUGUAACUGAGUUUGCUUGGCAAUGUUAGAUAAAUGUAACAACUUUUAAGCACAUUUCUUAUGCAAAAACAUCAUAUCAUUCAGUGUAUUCUUUUUUAAAACGUGAGAACAAGAAAAAAUAAAGCACUUGUCAGAAUUAAUUCUUCAAAGUUAAGGAGAAAGCAAAAUGCUCUAAGAUUGAAUCUGGACUUACAUUCCUGUAGAGACAUUAGUUUGCAGCCUGAAGCUGCAGUAGACAAGUUGCAGUCGAAACUGAAGAAUUCAAAACACAGCAACAUUCCAUUUCUGUUUGAAGAAUAGAGCACUUUUUCCAACAGAAAUGUAUUAUUUUUAUUUUCAUGUGACUAAUUUGUAUUCUGUUAUCCUGUAAUUGUAAUAAAGAAGUCAAUUAAGCUA